AUGGCAAAUAAUAAUACCGAUAUUGAAGCUCUUAAGGGUACAUGGAAUUAUGUAAGUAAUGAAAAUUUUGAUGCCUUUCUAAAAGAAAUAGGUAUUAAUAAAGUAUUACGUACACUUGCUAAAACUAUUAAACCUCGUGUUGUCAUUGCUGAAAAAGAUCGAAAAUGGUCAUUUAGAUCAGAAACAACUUUAAAAACAACAGCAAUAGAAUUUAUACCUGGUGUAGAAUUUACAGAUGUGUCACAUGAUGGAGAAUCAUAUACAUCGACCGUUCGAUUUGAAAAUGGAAAAUGGGUUCAAACAAAUCACUACAACAAAAGUGGAAAACAAAUAUCUGUACAACGGUGGGUUGAUAAUCAAGAUCAAUUACAAGUCACUAUGGAAUGUGGCAAUGUCAAAGCUACUGAAUUAUACAAGCGUGCCAGUAAAUAG